AUGAGCAGACGUUCGAGCAGAACCGUUUAUGUUGGGAAUCUACCCGGCGAUAUCCGUGAAAGAGAAGUUGAAGAUUUGUUCAUGAAGUAUGGACACAUAGCUCACAUUGACCUAAAGGUUCCGCCAAGGCCCCCUGGCUAUGCAUUUGUAGAGUUUGAUGAUGCUCAAGAUGCUGAGGAUGCAAUUCGUGGGCGUGAUGGUUAUGAUUUUGACGGGCAUCGGUUAAGGGUGGAGGCUGCUCAUGGGGGUCGUGGUACUGGUAAUUCAUCUUCAAGAGAUAGACAUAGUAGUCAAAGCAAUGGCAGGGGUGGACGUGGAGUAUCCAGGCGCUCUGAAUACCGUGUUCUAGUUAGUGGAUUGCCAUCUUCUGCAUCCUGGCAGGAUCUUAAGGAUCACAUGCGAAAAGCAGGGGAUGUUUGCUUUUCCCAAGUUUUUCACGAUGGAAGGGGUACUACUGGAAUUGUGGAUUACACAAACUAUGAUGAUAUGAAAUAUGCUAUCAAAAAGCUUGAUGACUCUGAGUUCAGAAACGCAUUUUCCAAGUCUUAUGUUCGGGUGAGGGAAUAUGAUUCGAGGCGGGACUCAAGAAUCGUAGUGACAGCCCUGUGCGGAGCCCAAGCAAAUCUCCAAAGGCUAAAUCCUCACAACGAUCACCUGCUAAAUCUCCAGCCAGAUCGGUUUCUCGUUCUCGCUCAAGAUCUAGGUCCCGUUCUUUAUCAGGAUAUGGAAAUUGCGGCGUACUGGAAAUUGGAAAUUAGGGACUUGGUGGGAUUUGGUUCAAUUGCCUGCAACUCAAUUUGUUGUGGAGAUUGGGAAACAACGAGAUCAUGGAUUGCCAUUUUAGCAUGUAAAGGAAAUUGGAUUUGGAAAUCUCCACCAAUGAUCACUAGGGUGCACUGUCUGGAUUUUGUGGUGCAGUGGAAGAUUUCUUUUCUCCAGUUCACUGGUGUCUUAAAAUCACGGUCAAGGUCAAGAUCUCCAUUACCUCUGCGUAACAAAAGCCCUAUAAAGCGCAGUGCUAGCAGGAGUCCAAGUAGGAGCAGGAGUCCAAGUAGGAGCCGAAGCAAAAGUCUAUCCAGGUAA